UGGGAGUGUCUGGACAUGGGUUGGGUUCCUGACAUCCGUGGAAAGAAUGGAAGCGAGCCCAGAAAGGUCAUCAAGGUUAACAGCGGGAAUAAUAAAAGACUCCCGUGCUGGAUCAAGAUCAUUGAUCCGAACCAAACGUUAAAGUAUUACUGGCUCAAGGACAAUCAGACACUCAGCGGAGGUCAUCAACGUACAGUCAGACGCUCACAGUUCAUCAUUAGAUACCUAAGGAUACGAAAGGCGAAGAAAGAGGACGCCGGCUUUUACACCUGCGUCGUGGUGAGCGACUGCGGCGAAAGUAAUCACACAAUACAGCUCAUUGUUAAAGAAGCCAAAACCUGCAAAGUAAACCAGUUUACUUGUGCCGAUAAGAGUUGUAUUUCAUUGUUUUGGAAGUGUGAUGGUCGUCGUGAUUGCCAUGAUAGGUCAGAUGAAAAUGGAUGUCCAACAACGGCUCCUCUGGUUUGUUCAAAAGAAAUGUUUCGCUGUGAUGGAGACUGCAUACAAGGUCAUUUGCAAUGUGAUGGAAAAAACGAUUGUGCAGAUGGAUCCGAUGAGAGAGGAUGUGAUGAGAAGACUCGCGAUGCUCUCGUCCCCGGAAUCGUCUCGGCAGGCGUGCUAAUUACCGUAGCUGCUUUGUCUUUUAUCUGCUGGCGCCGUCGAUCUCGAACCAAGGAGCCCGUGAAUGGUCCAAUUUCAGUGUCAGAACUUGAAUUUGAAUACGACGCGUUCGUUAUUUUCAGCUCCCAAGACUCGGAUUGGGUGACUAAAACUCUAAUUCUAACUUUGGAAGAAAAGCACGGUCUUAAAUGCUGUGUACACUACAGAGAUUUCGUUGCCGGAGUACCUUUUCGUGAAAAUAUGGUCAACAGUGUAUACAAGUCAAGAAAAACAAUAGCUGUCGUGUCUAAUAACUUUUUCAAUAGCAAUUAUUGCGGUUUUGAGAUGGAUUACGCCCUUCACCGACUCAUGGAAAGGAGAGAUAACAGUUUAGUCGCCAUCAAACUUGAUGAUGUGGACAGAGGAAAACUCCCAAAGGAGCUGCGAGAAAGGAGCUUCAUAGACCUUUCAAAGAAUGUUGAAAAGGAACACUGGGAAAGAAAAUUGGUUAAAUGUUUAACGAUUCCUAACGAUUUGUCACAGGAACAGAUUAUGUAACAAGCUUUUGGAUAUUAAGUUUUAACUACUUUUGUAUGUGCGGUAACUAACUCGAAACGUGGCGCUGUAUAAGUAUAUAAAUAAAUAUAUGUUAUUUGCCGGCUGGGAGGUCCGUAUGGUGAAAAACUGUGACCGAGGUCUUGAAAAUACUGCUCGAGGCCGUAGGCCGAGGGCAGCAUUUUCAAGACCGAGGUCACAGUUUUUCACCAUACGGACCGACCCUUAGCCGGUAAAUAACAUAUUUAUUG